CAGACUGCGGGGCCUGGGCUAGCAGGGCGCGCCUGGACGCUAGGUGGGCGGGCGGCGCGGCGCGGGCCGGGACCAUGUCCCCCGGCAGCAAGGUGAAGAGCGAGUACAUGAAGCGCUACAAGGACCCCAGGUGGGACAUGUACGGGCCCUGCUACCGCGAGCUGCUGCACUACCGCCUGAGCCGCCGGCUGCUGGAGCAGGCGCACAACCCCUGGUUUUGGGACGACUGGGGCCCGGCCAGCUCCUCGGACGACUCGUCGUCGUCGUCGGGCGGCGGGGGCUCCCCGUGCCCCGCGCCCCAGGGCGCCCCGGCCUCGUCCCCCCCGCCCUCUCCGCCCAGGCCCGCGGCGCGGGGGCUGGAGGCCUCGGAGGACGCGGACGCCGGCGCCGCGGCUCUUUCAGAUCCAGAAAAGAGAAGAGGAAAGGAUAUGGACACAUCACUCAAAGCCACAUCUGAACAACAGAAGGAUUUAGGACCUCAGGCUAAAGUGGAAGGUUGGCACCCCACCUCAUCCCCAAACAGUUCACAUGCGGAGUUUAAAGACACGGUGCACGAUGAACUGCCAAUGAGAGAAGUAGAAGAAAAACCAGAGGAACAAAUCAAAACAAAAGAAACUGAUAAACUACCCAGCGGGGUUGAACCUCGACAACAACCAAGUGCCUUGUUUGCGAGAGGAAAUAGGAAAACAGCCAAAAGUCCUCCAAGAUUAUCAAGUAAAAUAAGAGAAAACAAGCAUCCAUUUGCUCUUUAUGGCUGGGGAGAAAAACAGACAGAUACAGGAAGCCAAAAAACUCACAACGUCUGUGCUUCUGCCCCCGUGCAUGAGAUUCAUGAAUCAGCAUUACGAGCCAAGAACAGAAGACAGGUGGAAAAAAGGAAACUGGCUGCUCAGAGGCAGCGUGCCCACUCUGUGGAUGUGGAGAAAAACAGAAGGAUGAAGCCCUCCUCUUCAGAUAACCCAUGGGUGACAGAGUACAUGAGGUGCUAUUCAGCAAGAGCGUAAAGACACAGUUGCUUGGACAGCCUCCUUUGAAACAGUGUAAAUGAAAGAAAGAAAAGCAAAACAAACCAUCAAGAGAAACCAGACACAGGAGUAAGAAACUAACCGAUUGUGCAAGGUUUUUCUUAGGGAAUUUCCAAAAAAUUGUUAUAUUUUGAUGAACCUUGGCCACCUACCUCAACAGUAGGGCAGACAGUUGAAGCCAUAGACAUUUAAAGUUAUUCAUGAAGAUAAUUCCCUAAAUCUUUGAUAUUCUUAUAAGGGUUUUGUUUUAAAGCAUCUUAAUCUUUUAAGAUACGGACACCAAAUGCCUUUAAAUGGCUGUGAAUGCUUAACAUUCAGUAUUCCUCUCUAAGUUUAAGUUCAGCCCAUUCUGAGUAACCACUCAGACUCCAUAGCUAGUCAGAUCAUUCCUCUUGCAGCAUAAGACUCAUCUUGUGCAGUUUUCUUUGUGAAAGAAUUGAUAAAUAUCAAGUAAAAAAUGAGUUUCAAUAGUAGCGUCGACUCCAUGUAUGAUAAGAUCAGAACUUUGGUAGUUCUUGAAAAAUUAAACUUACAAUUGUAUUUCAGUUCAGCACCACUUCAUACUGUACACCAUGACAUUUUAAGAAUUAUUUGAGCUGGGUCACCUUUUCUCUUUAUAUUAUCAUCUAGGCACUUAUUAAUUAAUAGUUCAAAUACAUUCCAGUAAAUGAGGCAUCAGUGCAGUAUGUAUUUAGAGCAUUACUGGAGGGUUUUUUUUUUUUUUUUUUUUGAAUCAAACACUGUCAUGUUACCAGCUCUUUUUUUUUUUUUUAAUUGCAACAUAUAUAUUUCUUAGAACACAAUGGGGAGUUAAUCAUUUGUUACAGGCCGGCCUCUUGACAUACACCCACCAUGAACUUUUGCUGCUUGUAUAGGAGCUGGCAAUGACAUUUAGAACUUAUAGCCUGAAAUUUAAUUUGUAAAUUAAGAUUAUCAUCAGGGAUGUAGGAAAAAUAGUAAGUUAGCCUUUAGAGACAUUUCCCAUCCCUACUUUCUCCUUUCCUUCUACAGAACUUAACAAUAGCAAAGUCUUGAUGAUGUAUGAUAUUCACAGUUGUGGUUGAAAUACACGACCAUCUGAUUCUUAGACGAGCUCUCAUAGAACAAUGUGAGGGAACGGUGGAUCUCAUAGAGCAAUGUGAGGGAAUGGUGGCAUGUGUAUAGGCACAAAUGGAAGGACUCUAGUGGGGUGUUUGUUCCUUCUCUGUAUUCUAUUUGCUUUUGGGGUAGAAACAUGGCUUUGAAAUUUCCAUCAAAUGAGUGAAGUCUUCUCCACCUAGCAGAGACGACAAUCUGUGGGAUCUAUAAGUGGGUGAGUGCUGAAAUUCUUUAGUACCUGAAGAUGUGUGAGUGAGAAUUCGGUGUCAGAUGUGAGACUGAACAUUUCCUUGAUACUUUACUCUGGGUCUUUGAAGUACUACAGUUUUUAGACAUAAAAUCUUCACAUACCGUCAUCUUAUAUACAUGUACUAAGUUUUGAGAACUAAUACUGAAGAAUUGUUUGUUUUUUUUUUUUAACUUUUUAAAUAUUUGCAUUGUGUUGAGAUGAAUUCUUCUACGCAGCAAGCUCUCCUAAUCACUGAGGUGUAUAUUUAAUAAGAGGAAAUCUUAAUUCUACACGUUGUCCAGAACAGCCUUGCUGGUAAUUUUGGUGUUACUGCUCUUAAAGUCUUUAUAUAUUGCAGUACCUGAAAAUCAGAUUAAUGUGGCAGUUUGUGCUGGUGUAACUGAUUGUGAAACUGUUACCUUAAACCACUUCUUGCAUGUUAGGUUUUAGCCGUUAAACUCAAGGUUUUUAGGUGGCAUCUGAGCAUCUUAGGGAAGACUCAGGCUGCAUGCUCGUGGUCUGCCGUAGAAACCUGACUUUCAGCAAAGCCAGCCUUCCUGUAGUUGAAGAAACAGACUCAUAUUUGAGGUGCAUACUACUGAAAACCCCACACAGAGACGGAGAAAACCCAGAGGCAGUAUCGGUCAACGUUUUCCCCUUUUUUUAAAGUAGAGUGCGGAUUAACAAGAUUUUGAAAGUCCUUUUGGUAUUUAUGAGUGACCACUGAAUCAAUGUGAAUUAAUUAUGGUCCCCUCCAUCGCUGAUUACGGCUUCUUCUCUUUUUUUAGGGGUGAAAAUUACCUUUUGAGCCUGUGAAACUUUUACAGUUUUAACAAUUCUAUGGUCGUACUUUGUUUCUUCUCAUCCUAGAAACUAAUGUGGCUGUAGUCAUGUUCAGAAUUCUUGGGACAAUUUAGGAGACAGUGAGAUACUUUAAGAUUAUAUUUCAUGUGGAAAAGGUUUGAAACUGUUUGAGAAUCCAGUGAUAUUUGACAUAUAGGAUAAAAUAAUUUCUAUAUGACUCCUUCUAAAUCUGGUUUUAAGUUCUUAAUUAAAACAAUUUGCUAUAAGUAUGCUUUUUGUUUUCUUGUGUUACUUUUCGUUUUCAGUAGGAGCAGUAGUAGAAUAUUGGAGUAAUAUCUUCUGUUGGACCAAAGGGACUCAGAACCAGAAUCUCUUCCUUCUUUUAAAGCCCAGAGACUGCCUUUAUUAAGGAGGGUGUCAAAAUAUUUAGUAUGUCUGGUUAUAGGUACACUUUUUCUGCCUCAGAAAAUUUCUAAGGACAUUUUUACUUUUUUUAAAUUUACUAAAGGCGUAAUAGGGUAUAAAAUAUAGGUUACCUUAAUUGCUCAUAUGCACGAGGCGUAUAUUAUGCCACUGCACAGCUCUGUCGUAUGUCUCCUUAAAGAUCGAUUGCUAGUGACUUGAAGGGUGGGCCUGCCUGGUCAUUUGCACCUUCCUCAGUGAGCUACAGCGCCACAGGUCAAGGACAGCCGCUGCCGAGUUACUGGAAGUUGUUAACUUCCAAAAAGAGACUUCUGCACGAUUUACAGGUUUGUUUUUUUUUUAAAAAACUUUAAGGUGUUCCCUAUUGUCUUUAAAUUGUUAAUGUACUGGGCCUAAACUUUGUAAAUGAAAUGCUAUAGUACUUGAUAUUUAAAAUAUUCAUAAGUAUUACUGGCAAGGAGGUGGGAGGGAGGCAUAGUAUAUAUUAGAAGUAAAAACAUGUUUUCUUAUUAAGUUGGCUGCUUCAUUAAAACAGUUUAAUGGAAAAUUUUUACAUUUUGCUGGAUUAGAUAAAGAAUGGUGCUAAGAAUAUGUAGCCUGAGUCUAUAGUUUGGCAUCAAAUGGCUAAUGCCAGACGCAUAUAAGGUCCUUACUAUCGCCUUGUGACCAGUUAAAUAAUAUUUUAAAAAGGAUCCUAAAAAUGGCCUGGUCAUUCCAAAAUGUUUGCUUUUGAAAAUGGAUUUUUGUGCAAUAGGAUGAAUAGGGAGUUACUGAGUGUAAGGCUCUGCUUAAUACCAGACCCUACGCAAGAAGCGGUGUCUAGAUAUUUGGCCCCAAAUUUGCCUUCUUCAAGCCUGCUACUGUGAGAUGGGAAAAAAGUUGCUUUCUUUAGUACUUAUUUGCAUUUUGAAAUUCAGGACACCUGAAUGAAGACAUCGGAGGCAUGCUUUGGAAUUUCUUUUACGAUUAGCAGAGCUGCAUUUAGGAAGAGUCCCCCCCGUGUUCACGUUACUGUUUUGUCUUGAGCACUGCAUUUACUGUCAGCUUCUGAAGGAACAAAGGCUAGGCGUGCACAAUCACAUGGCUCAGGCACGGGACGUUUGUGUUGUAUUUUCUAAGAACUGUGUAUUGUUUUUAACUUAUAUUUAAUAUUGCGUUUAUUUGGAAAAAUGUGAAUAAAGUUAAUAUUACAGGCUGAGACUUCUACUUUGUGGGAAUUAAUUCUGACUAGUAUAUAAACGGUAUGAAGAAAUGUAGGAUUACUUUAACUCCUGAAUAGAUCUUUCAUUAAAGGAAUGUCUGACAAGGUAUAUUAGCUACAUCUAGGAAAAGAUACGUUUUAUAUGUAGACUAUAUAUGAACUAUAAUUUUUCCUAGUCUUUUCCCUUACAUCAUAUUGUUUUGGAAAUUACAAAAUAGUGCAUGGCUAAAAUAAUUCAAAAAGAAGUAUGGAAUAAAAAGUGAAAGUUCUCCUUCAACACCACUCCCUCACCAAAAUUCUGUUCCCCUUCUCUGAGGAAACCAGUGCUAAGUUUUGUAUGUAAACUUCCAGACCUUUUCUUUGGGCAUUUAUCUAUGGAGUUAAAUAUAUCUAUAUAUAUUGCACAAAUAAGGGAUAAUGCUAUACACAUUCCAUGUUUUUUCACUUAAUACCUUAGAAGAGGUUCUGGUUCCAGGCAAGAUGAAAUAAACACAUACUGCCCUUUGCUCCCACUGAACACAACUGUAAAUCUGGAUGGAAGGCAUGGCACAGAUGUUUGAGGACUCUGAAAGUGAAUGGCAACACACAGAUCAGGAGGGACAUCAGAAUUCUGAGGAACACUGAAGUGGUGGCAGGUUUAUCUUUUUGUUUGUUUCCUGGUAUCCUUGCCUGGACACACAGAGGUAACCAAGAUUAGGAGAAGCCUGGCUCUAAGCAGAAGAAACAAAACACACCUGUUGCCGUCAAGUUGGUUCAGACUCAUAGUGACCCUACAGGACAGAGUAGAACUGCCCCAUAGGGUUUCCAAGGAGCAGCUAGUGGAUUCGAACUGCUGACUUCUUGGUUAACAGCUGAGCUCCACCACUGCACCACCAGGGAUCCCUCAGCAGAAGACAAACUCCUUAAGCUCAGAGAGAUGGAGGGAAAUGUCCCUUCUUUUUUUUUUCUUAUUUUUCUCCAUUUUUAUGCUACCCAAAAACCCAGUGCCAUUGAGUCGAUUCCCACCAGGUAAUCCUAGCUGCUGGUGGGUGCUUGCAGGAGCCAAGUGUCUGAGGGAGGGCAACUUACCUCCAUUUGGUAAAGCUUCGGCACCACGGAGGUGGGGCCAAGCUUGCUAUUUUUUCUCUGUCUCCUGCCACGUGCUUCAGUUACAAAAGAGGGAGUUUCUGGCUAGAGGACCAACUAAAGGGGAGCCCCAGGGAAGCAGAAAGCACUGGAGAGCUAGUGGAGUGGGAAUAACUCAGGAAAGUGGCUCCACAAAGCUUUUAUGAAUUCUUGGGCUCACCUCCAGUCUGUUCGCCCUGCUCACAGGAGGAGUGGAUCCUAACUAACGUAGCACAGACUUUGAGAAUGGAGCUAACAGACCUCUGCCCAGGUCCCAGACUGACCACAAGACAGUGCACAAACGGGACAAAUACAAAUAGCACGGCAAGGCUUUGAAAACUGAACUGAUGUUGGAACCAAUACCCACAGAAGGUGGGCUGGAAUUGUGCCUGCUAAAACAAAAAUAUCAACAUUUCCCAUAGGAGUUAAAUAAGAGCCUGGGUCUCAUAAUAUUAAAAAUAUGAUACAAUCUCAAAUUACUCAGAUGUUAAGAACCAUGAGAAUGAUAUAAAGGAUAGCCAAAUGAAAGUUUUAAUACUGAAAAAGAGUAUACAUUAAAAAAAAAAAAAAAAAAAAAACCUCACUGAAUGGACUAAAGACAGAAUGGAGAUGACAAAAGAGGUCAAUAAAAAUCAUUAAGCUGAACAACAGAGAAAAAAAGAUUAAAAAAAUGAAGUCUCAUGGGCUUGUGGGACAGUAACAAAAGUUCUACCAGUUAUGUCAUAGGCGUCACAGAAGGGCAAGAGAUAAAGUGCAGUGCUUAAAAAAUACCUGCAGAAAUAAUAGCUGAAAACCUCUCUAGUUUACUGAAAGACAUAAACCUUAAGAUUCAAGAAGCUGUGUGAAUCCCAAACAGGAUAAACCCGCAGAAAUUCAUGUCCAGACACACCAUAAACUCCUGAAAGCUAAAAACAAUGACAUCUUGAAAGUAGCCUGAACAAAGUGAUGAGAAACAACUCAAAUGACAGUGAAUUUUUCAUCAAAAACCACGGAGGCUAGAAGGAAGUGGCACAGUAUUUCCUAAAGCACUACAAGAAAAUCACUGUCAACUCAGAAUUCUAUACUCAGUGAAAUAUCCCUCAGGAGUGAAGGUGAAAUACACUCUCAGAUCAAGGAAAACUUACGACCCCAUAGCCAGCAGACCCGCUCUAAAGGAAUUCCCAAAGCAAGUUCUUCAGACAAGAGAUACCAGAAGGAAACUUGUAGCGUCUGGAAUGAAGAAUAAGCAAAGAAAUGUUAUAUAUCUGGGGAAACAGAACAGUUCUUUAAAACAUAUUUGAUGACUGAAAGCAAAAAAUAUAACAUCGUUUGAUGGGGUUUUCAGUGAAUAUGUUGCUGUUAGUUGCCACUGAGUUGGUUCUGACUCACAGCGACCCUAUAUACAACAGACCAAAACACUGCCCAAUCCUGUGCCAUCCUCACAAUUGUUGUUAGGCUCGAGCCCUUUGUUGCAGCCACUGUGUCAAUCCAUCUCAUCAAGGGUCUUCCUCUUUUUCUGCUGAUUUCUCCACUCUGCCAAGCAUGACGUCCUUCUCUAGGGACUGAUCCCUCCCGAUAACAUAUCUAAAGUACUUGACAUGAAGUCUCGCCAUUCUUGCGUCUAAGGAGCAUUCUGGCUAUACUUCUUCCAAGACAGAUUUGUAUGUCUUUUCUGGCAGUCCAUGGUAUAUUCCACAUUCUUCACCAAGACCAUAAUUGAAAGGUAUCGAUCCUUCUUUGGUCUUUCUUAUUCAUUGUCCAGCUUUCCCAUGCAUAUAAGGUGAUUGAAAAAUAUCAUAGCUUUAGUCAGGUGCACCUUAGUCUUCAAAGUGACAUCUUUGCUUUUCAACACUUUCAAGAGCUUUUUUUUGCAGAUUUGCCUAAUGCAACAUGUCAUUUUGUUUCCUGACCACUGCUUCCAUGGGCGGUUGAUUGUGGAUCCAAGUAAAAUGAAAUCCUUGACAUAUUUCAACGUUUUCUCUGUUUAUCAUGAUGUUGCUUAUUGGUCCAGUUGUAAGGAUCUUGUUUUAUGUUGAGGUGCAAUCCAUACUGAAGGCUGGAGUCUUUGAUCUUCAUCAGUAAGUGCUUCAAGUCCAUUUCACUUUCUGCAAGCAAGGUUGUGUACAUGUAUUAUAUAAGACAAUAGGGUAUAAAAGUGGGGGGUAGGGAGACUAGAGGGAUCUAUGUGAUGGUAAGAUUUUAACAUUCCAAUUAAAGUGAUAAAAAGAAUGGUUUUAAGUAGACUAUAGAAUGUAAGUACUUUGUAAUUCCUCAAUUAUACAAAAAGAUAUAGUCAAAACCACAAUUAAUUAAAAUGGAACACUAAAAAACACUUCAGAUAACCCAAAGAAGGUAGGAAAGGGGAAACUAAUUUCAUUAAAUGUAAAUCAUGUAAACACCAAUUAAAACACAGAGAUUGUCAGAGUGGAUAAAAAGAAAAUGAUGAUCCAACUAUAUGUCUUCUAGAAACUUAUUUCAAAUGUAAUCAUAUAAGUAGAUUGAUAGUGGAAUGAUGGGAAAAGGCAAACCAUACAAACAUUAAUUUAAAAACAAAGCUGUAGUGGUUAUAUUCAUAAAAGACAAAGUUGACUUCAGAGCAAAGGAAAUUACCAGGGAUAAAAUGGGACAUUAUAUAUUGAUAAAAAGGGUCCCUAGGUGGCAUAAAUGGUUUGUGCUUGAUUGCUAAACUCGAACCCACCCAGGAGCAUUGCAAAAGAAAGGCCUGGCAAUAUCCUUUUGUGAAGAUUACAGCCAAGAAAACCCUGUGGAGUACUACUCUGUCACACAUGGGUGCCAUGAAUUGAAAUCGACUUAACAGCAAUGGGUUUGUUUGUUUUUAUAUACUGAAAAAAGGGUCAAUUAUCCAAGAAGACAUACAUUCUCAAAUGUGUGUGUUUCUAGCAACAGAGCUUCAAAAUAUACAAAGCGAAAUCUGACAAGGCUGAAAAGAGAAAUAGACAAAUUCACAACUAUAGCUGGAGAUGUCAACACUUCUAUCAAUAAUAGAGCUAGUUAGUAGGCAGAAAAUCAGCAAGGAUAUAGAAGAACUGAACAACACCAUUAAUUAAAUGGCUCUAAUUGACAUUUAUAGAAAACACCCAACAACAACAGCAUACACAUUCUUUUAAGUGUAAUAUAUCCUGGUUUAUAAGAUAAACCUUGACAAAUGUAAAAUAGCUGAAAUCAUACAGAGUAUGUUGUAUGACCAUAAUGUAUUAAAUUUGAAAUCAGUAACAAAAGACAACAGGAGCAUCUCAAAUCUCUUGGAAAUUAAACAAUGUGCUAUUAAUCUACCAGUCAAUGAGAAAGUCUCAAGAGAAAUUAGAAAGUAUUUUAAACUGAAGGGAAAUGAAAACACAACAUCUCAAAAUUUGUGCGCAGAGCUAAAGCAGUGCUUAGAGGGAAAUUUAUAGCAUUGAAUGCUUAUAUUAGGAAGGAAGUCUCAGAUCAAUAAUCUAAGAAACUAUGAAAGGAUGAGCAAAAUAAACCCAAACCAAGCAGAAUGAAAGAAAAAGUAGAGCAGAAAUCAAAAUUAGAAACAAAAUUAGAGAAAAUUAAUAAAACCAAAAGCUGGUUCUUAGAAA